AUGUCUUUUGAUCCUCAUAAUGUCGACCUGGACACAGCCGACGCAACUGAUAUUGUUUGCUACAUAAAUGCGGGGAGUAAUGAAUACAAUGGCCAACUAGGCGCGCGCGUCUCCGCCAUCUUCGUGAUCAUGAUCGUCUCUUCCGCAGCAACCUUCUUCCCCGUGCUAGCCCAACGCGUACCACGUCUGCGAAUCCCAAUCUACGUCUACCUCUUCGCCAAGUACUUCGGUGCCGGUGUGAUUAUCGCAACAGCCUUCAUCCACCUUCUCGAUCCCGCAUACGGCGAAAUCGGCCCCAACACGUGUGUCGGAAUGACAGGUCACUGGGCAGAUUACUCAUGGUGUCCGGCAAUUGUAUUGACCUCACUGAUGGGAGUUUUCCUCAUGGACUUCGGUGCCGAGCGCUGGGUCGAAAUCAAGUACGGUGUCUGUCGGGAAGACCCAGAGCCCAUGAUGUCGACUGGAGGUGAAGCGCGCCGUGUUGACUCGCACGCUUCGGCUCGCCGCGCAGAUGACAAGCAAGUCAAGCAAGUCGGGGAGGUUGAGUCGCAGACUAGCGAGCUGGCGAUCGAACGCUCGGUUAAGCAGCAGCUUGCGGCGCUGCUGAUUUUGGAGUUCGGUGUUAUCUUCCACUCCGUCAUUAUUGGCCUCAACCUUGGUGUCGCCGGUGAUGAGUUUGCUACCCUCUACCCUGUUCUUGUCUUCCACCAGUCCUUCGAGGGACUUGGUAUUGGAGCCCGCAUGUCCAGUAUCCCAUUCAAGAAGGGGAGCUGGCUUCCUUGGUUCUUGUGUUCCGCUUACGGCCUCACGACCCCGAUUUCCAUUGCUAUUGGUCUUGGUCUGCGCACGACUUACAACCCUGGAUCCUUUACUGCCAAUGUUGUCUCCGGUGUGCUGGACUCCAUCUCCGCUGGAAUCUUAGUGUACACUGGCCUCGUUGAGUUGCUUGCUCGUGAUUUCCUGUUUGAUCCUCACCGCACCCAGGACAACAGGCGCUUGGCCUUUAUGGUGGUGACUAUGCUUCUUGGUGCUGGUAUCAUGGCUCUGCUUGGAAAGUGGGCUUAA